AUGAGCACGUUAUAGUAUAUUCGAGAUCUCGAUCUACUAAAACGCACCCACGAAUAAUUAAAACGUGUGCUCGAAUAAAUUGUGUGCAGAAAAAGGCUAUUAGUCAACAAUCCAGGAGAUAGUGGAAACUGGUCGAAUAGCUUACAUUUCCAUUUCGUAGCCUUUGAGAUGGAUCUGGUCAGGAUAUACCAUGGUUUGGGCAUGGCGUAUAAGGAAAUAUUGAGAACUCUAGCCACCCAGCAUGGGAUGGUUAUGAGUUUAAGCACAUUAAAAAGGAUGCUGAGGGCGAACCGUCUCCGCCGUCGUGAGUAUGACGAUUUAGGUCAUAUUAUAGAGUUCAUUUUGAACGAACUCCAAGGCUCUGGGAGGUUACAUGGGUACCGCUGGAUGUACUGUAAAUGUAUAGAACAUGGUUUGCGCGUGAGAAAAGAAGAUGUGCGCAUCAUUCUCAGCGCAGUUGACCCUGAAAGCACCCAGUGCCGCCGCAGACGACGACUGAGACGCAGGCAAUACUUUUCCCGUGGGCCUAAUUUCAUAUGGCACAUCGAUUCUUAUGACAAGCUCAAGCCUUAUGGCAUAUGCAUAAAUGGUUGCAUUGAUGGAUAUAGCAGAAAGAUUAUUUGGCUCAGGGCCGCCUUCACAAAUAGUGAUCCAAGGGUGGUUGGGGGCUACUAUACAGAGGCGAUAGAAAGGGUGGGGGGCUAUCCAAGACUUUUGCGCACUGACAUGGGAACCGAGAAUGUGGUCUUGAGAGACAUGCAGGUGUACUUGAGACGGAAUGAUGAAGACAAUAGAGCAGGACAAUCAAGUUUUUUAACAGGAGUAAGCACUGCUAACCAAAGAAUAGAAAGUUGGUGGGGAGUGAUGAGAAGACAAGGAAUGGAACACUGGAUCCAGAUGUUUAGCGAGCUGAAGGAUGAAGGUCUUUUCACAGGGGACUAUCUGGACAAGGCGUUAAUCCAGCUGUGUUUCAUGGGACCCAUUAAGGACGAGUUAAACAGCAUCAUGAACAUCUGGAACGCACAUCGCAUCCGCCCCUCUACAAACGCGAGUGUGCCGUCUGGCGUACCUGAUCUGAUGUAUGUGGCAUCACAUUUGUGGGGAGCUGAUGAUCUUCUCGUGCCUGUUAAUGCGGACGAUUUAGCUAUGGCGAGCAACUGCAUGCUGUAUUGCGGUCAUCACAUCUGGGAACUGGAGAAGCUCCUUCACGGCCUUCGAAGUUGUUUUUUUUUGCUCUAACAGUUGAUGCAGCACAUCGAUCGGGACAGUGUGGGCUAAGGUAUCAACUACGGGGCGCCA